AUGUCUUCUCCGGCUGUGGCGAGGGCGUCCCCCGGCGGGAAUCGGGAGGCGGCCGGCGGACCGCGGAGCCGGAACGGGCCGUGGGAAGUGGGCGGCGGCGAGCGGUUGGAGCGCGCGGGCGCGGAGCCGGGGCGCUGGGAGCUUCUGCUCCGCCGCGGCGAGCUGCUGGCGCUGGGCGGCCACCUGAAGGGAGCGCUGGAGGCGUUCGCGGCUGCGCUGCGCCGCGGGGCCCCGGCCAGGCCCGAGCGCCUCGGUUCUCUAGUGGACUGCCUGGUGUUCAGCUACCGGCUCCGCCACGGGCUGCGCUGGAGCGCGGCACCCGCGGCGGGCGCGGCCGGGCUGCUUAGCUGCCUGGGCUGCCGGGGCUUCCUAAGCGAGCCGGUGACCGUGCCGUGCGGCCACAGCUACUGCCGCCGUUGCCUACGGAGGGAACUGCGCGCCCGCUGCCGCCUGUGCCGGGACCGCCUGCCACCCGCCGCCGCCGCCUCCGAGGGGACCCCGCGGCCGCCGCCCCUGGCCGCCGCCAUCGCCGACUUCCGAACCAGCGUCGUGCUCAACCACCUGGCGGAGAAGUGGUUCCCGGGCCAGCGCGAGCGCGCGCGGGCGGCCGGCCGCCUCGGGGAGCUGCUACACGAAGGGCGCUACCGGGAGGCCCUGGCCGCCGCCUGCGACGCCCUGCGAGCAGAGCCUAGCGACCUGACUCUCAAAAUCUACAGAGCGGAGUCCUAUGCCGGCCUGCAGGAGUUUAAAGCAGCCUUAGAGGAUCUAAAUGCGGUCCUCUUCCAGCUUCCCAACUGGCCUGAGGUCUACUUCAGGAAGGGGAAAGUCCUCCAGGAUGCCGGGUUCCUAGGCGACGCCUUACAGCUCUUCCUUCAGUGCUUAGCCCUUGAUGAAGACUUUGCGCCUGCAAAGCUACAAGUAGAAAAGAUUCUGUGUGACUUAUUGUCACCUGAAAACGUAAAGGAAGGCCUGAAGGAAUCUUCCUGGAGUUCGUUACCAUGUAUUAAGAACAAACCUCUUGGUUUUCCCUCAGUAAUGGAGCAGCCACACUCCCCUGCUGAGCUUGGCCUGAAGCAGACUGAAGAACAAGCGGAGGAUGCCCCAGAGCCUGUCAAAGGAAGCCUAAACCGCGCUCAGUCAGCACAAGCCAUCAAUGCAGCGGCAGUGCCUGCCAGGGAGGAUGGUUUAAAGCGCGUCUGCUCAGAACCUUUACUGUCCACUCAGGGAAAAGGUGUUCUGCUGAAGAGAAAGCUGUCUCUCUUAGAACAGGAUGUGAUCAUUAAUGAGGACGGGAGGAACAAGCUCAAAAAGCAAGGUGAAUCUUCCAGUGAAGACUGUAUGUUCUCAAUAGCUUAUGGUGACAUCCCAGAAGAACUAAUAGAUGUCUCAGACUUUGAGUGUUCUCUCUGUAUGAGGUUGUUUUUUGAGCCAGUAACAACCCCGUGUGGACACUCAUUCUGUAAGAACUGUCUUGAGCGUUGUUUAGAUCACGCACCAUAUUGUCCCCUCUGCAAAGAAAGCUUAAAAGAGUAUCUAGCAGACAGGAGGUACUGCGUCACACAGCUGCUGGAGGAGCUAAUAGUGAAGUACCUGCCGGAUGAGCUGUCUGAGAGGAAGAAAAUCUAUGAUGAAGAAACAGCUGAGCUCUCCCACUUGACCAAGAAUGUCCCAAUAUUCGUUUGCACUAUGGCCUACCCCACUGUGCCUUGCCCUCUCCAUGUAUUCGAGCCCAGAUACAGGCUCAUGAUCCGAAGAAGUAUCCAGACUGGAACCAAGCAGUUUGGGAUGUGUGUCAGUGACACACAAAACAGUUUUGCAGAUUAUGGUUGCAUGUUACAAAUUCGAAAUGUGCAUUUCUUACCUGACGGAAGGUCUGUUGUUGACACAGUUGGAGGAAAGCGGUUCAGAGUUUUAAAAAGAGGAAUGAAAGAUGGAUAUUGCACUGCAGACAUUGAGUAUCUGGAAGAUGUCAAGAUCGAGAACGGAGAGGAAAUAAGGAGUCUGAGGGAACUCCACGACUCAGUGUACUCACAAGCCUGCAGCUGGUUUCAGAAUUUAAGAGACAGAUUCCGAAACCAAAUCCUUCAACACUUUGGAUCGAUGCCUGAGAGAGAAGAAAACCUCCAGGCAACACCCAAUGGACCUGCAUGGUGUUGGUGGCUGCUGGCAGUCCUUCCUGUAGACCCGAGGUAUCAGCUGUCUGUACUGUCAAUGAAGUCUUUGGAGGAACGAUUGACAAAGAUACAGCAUAUUCUGACUUACUUUUCUAGAGACCAAUCUAAGUAACGGAUUGCUUGGAUCUCACGUAGCUCGCUCUUAGCCCACAGGCUGAGAAGCGGUCAGAUCUUACUUUAACGUCGCCCUGAUCCGGCUCCAUUGACGGCCGGAUUGUCCGCUGCCUUUUGCACACCCAGUGCUGGUUUAAGAAAUUAAGGAAACUUUUCUUUUCUUCAACCUCCUGAAUCUCGUGGAUCUGCAAAUGAAUACCUUCAACUAGGUCCCAGACCACUAAGAACUUGCACAGAAAACACGCACUGAAUGUGUGUUGAACCUCGACAUUGUGAUGAAGUUGCACUAUGUACCAUACUCUAAAUGAACUAAAAACUCCGUGUAUGUAUGACAUGUGCGUGAGUGUGCAUGCAUGUGUGCGUGUGUAUG